ACACACCAAAACACAGACACAACAGCCCGGCACACAUACAACCAAGCACGGCUGACUGCUGCAGCUCUGUCGGCGGCUCUCUGGAGAUCUUACCGGCCCUGUUCGGACUGAGAGGAAAGUUACAAAGAAAAGCUGCUGGAGAUAUACCUGCUGCUUCAGGACUGACCACACAGGAAUUCACCUGCCCGGAGGCGAUAGUUACACUUAAUUUCUACCUGGAUUAACAUGUAGUGCCCACGUGAAUGUCGGCGAGUGGUGCGCAACAUAAUAAGGAAGAAAAUAGCAAGUAAACUUCUUCACCUAGUAAGUCCUGAAAAUGCGUAUUUACGCGCGUACCAGAGGACAAAACUGAUGUGAUUCUUUUUUUGGAGGAGGGAAAUUGGGAAACAGCUUGGAUGUAUUACCUCUUUCUUUGAGUAAGAGAGAGAGAGAGAGAGAGAGAGAGAGAGAGAGAAAGAAAGAAAGAGAGUUGGUAUAAAUUUAAAUAAUUAAAGGAAAAACAGAAAAGAGACAUUAGAGGGUAUGGGUGUUUUUGGGACUGAAAUCCGUUCGUUGGAGUCUGCAGCUGGGAUGCACUGCGCAUCUGCACCGCGACGUUUCUCACCAUGAUACUGAAACAAAGCUGCACCUGACAACCAACACCUGAAGCCAGUCCAUCAGGAUCCACCAUGCCCUCUCUACUGACGAGGAAGCUGAGUCUGUUCCCGGCCCUGACCUUUGUCCUGCUGCUGGUCGCUCCUGUAUGCCUGUCGUCCCCGCAGAGUUCCUGGAUUUCUGCCUGGGGUCCCUCCGGUGAGGUCUCAUCAGGUCGUCCGACUCGAGCCCGGCGGCAGCUGCACUACAGGAACGAGUGGGCCACAUGGAGCGUCUGGUCCGUGUGCUCACGUAGCUGUGGCAGCGGAGCCUCUGUGAGGACACGCACCUGUAUCACCAGGAACCCAGUGGGUGGACCAUGUGCAGGAGAUCCCCGGCAAUACAAGAUCUGCAACACCAAGGUGUGUCCGCCCAACUCGGAGGACUUCAGAGAGAUGCAGUGUGCUGCCUUCAAUGACCGCCCGCUGGUGGCUGGAACCUCCUUUAAAUGGACGACCUUUCAUGGAGGCUCUAACCCGUGUGAGCUGAGCUGCCUGGCCCUGGGUCACAACUUCUACUACAACUUUGGCCGAGUGCUCGACGGCACAGCCUGCGACAAGGAGCCCGGAGCCGUGUGUGUGAACGGACACUGCCUGAGGCCGGGCUGUGACUCCAUCUUGGGUUCGAAGCAGCAGGAGGACGCCUGCAUGGUGUGUGGAGGACAAAACACCACCUGUCUGCACCACAAGAGUGUGUACCAGAGCAACGGGCUGGAAGCAGCCGGACCUUUUGGAUACAAUGAAGUGACAAUGAUCCCGGCUGGAGCCACUCACAUCCGAGUCACAGAUAACAGCAGGAACUAUCUCGCCCUCCAGAACGGUCGCUCUCAGUUUGUCAUUAACGGUAACUGGAAGAUCAGCAUUCCAGGGGAGUACAACAUAGCCGGGACGAAGCUGCUGUACCGGCGCUCGGCUGACACCUGGGAGAGCUUCGAGGUACCAGGACCGACCCAGGAGGACCUCCAUCUGAUGGUGCUGGCCACGGACAGAAACACGGGGAUCGAGUACGAGUACUGGCUGCCACCAGACCAGUACGCUCUGUACCACAGGAGUCCACUGCGUGAAGCUCACCACACGGCUAACUACCUCCCCUGGGAUCAACCCAUCACUACAACCACCACCACCACCAACCCCCCUAGUACAACCAGCACCCGACCUCCUCCUGUCACCACCCGAGCCCCCUGGUACAUAAGACCUGUGAAGCCUCCACGCAGAGCUCCUCAUCACAGCCGCCAUCCACGCCCCAGCCAGCCCAUCCUGCCCCGCCUGGAGCGCGAGGACAACCACAGAAACCUGCUGCCUCAGCCCGCACCUGGAAAGCAUUGUGGGAAAUGUCCGCGAGUCAAAGGUCGAAGGGAACGUCAGAGGCAGUAUUGCCAGAAGGACUUUGUUUUCCGGGGCAGAGUCAUGGGGAAGCUUUACAGAGGCGAGGAGACGCGUUACGACGUCCAGAUCAUCCACACGUACAGGAACGGCUACCGCCUGGAGCACCGGGAGUUCUUGUGGGUCCCGAACGUGUGUGACUGCCCCCACCUGGAGGAAGGGAGGCAGUACAUUCUGAUGGUGCGUCGUCACAUCAACCACGAGCACACGUUAAACCGCAUCCUGCUGGAGGAGGACAGCUACGUGGUGCCGUACAGACCCAGAGAGGACGAGCUGCUGCGACCGCUCGAAAGACUCUGCAGCAACAGAGGACGCAAACAGCCUGAGGACCUGAGGGGCUGAGAAACAAACCGUGUGUGUGUGUGUGUGUGUGUGUGUGUGUGUGUGUGUGUGUGUGUGUGUGCGUCAUAGACUGAAGCUCACACUACAGCUACAUUUACUCCCAGUGUUUCUGUUCUGAUGAAUUCCAGUGAGGCACGACUCCAGGAAGAAGACAUCUGGACCAUAGAGAGACGGUUUCAGCCUCAUUUUGAACCAAAAAGACUCGACUCGUAAUUUAAAAAGCCUGAGCAGCUUACUGUACCUUAUAGAGCACUUUAGGUGGAGCUUCUGCUCACCUUUAAACACAUACCAAAGAGAAGAACAUUGACUGAAAUGGCCUUUUUGUUGUUGUUUUUUCCCCCCACUGUUGCCAUGUUAUGUUUUGUAUUAGUGUAUUUUCUGUGUCUGUGUGUUUAAAGACUAAAAGGAAAAAUCCAUCUCAAAUAGUACACUAAGGCCCUUUGACCACCUGGCGUUUUUUGCCGAGCAGAAAAGCGCUGGCUGCACGCUCGAGAGUCUCUGCAUGAAGCGUUCGUGCUCUGAGAAGAAAAGCGCUGCGCGUCCGUCCUGUCUCUAUGACAACAGUCGCUGUAUGACCAACACAGCUCAGUUACUUUUCACUGCAUGUUUUAUAUUUGAGAUCGUUUUUUUACCCCACCAGACACGGAGCAAACAGGAUGUGAGUACAAGAUACGAUCCGCAGGACGCUAAAUUACAGGGAAUAUCAUACAUUUUGAAAAGAGCGCCCGUGACAUCAAAAGCGACUUUCUGAAAAGUUGAAACAUUUUCAACUUGAGCGCUCGGAGCGGCACGCACAAAAACGACAGAGCACUUGUAAAAAAAAAGACGGGGUGGGCGCUGCGCUUUUCAUCCAGGCGGCUGCUUUCUGCUGCAUUGAAACCCACUGAAAAAAGACCCUGGCGCUGAGGAAAAAACGCGAAGUGGACACGGGGGUCUUAGAUGCACAACUAAGUCGAGUUGCAGUUAUAGCUUGAUCCCCGUAAACAAGCAGAGGGGCGAUUAUAUUUAAUGACUAAAGUAUGUCAGACUCUACUACAGUAGGUGGCGAUUUGCUCCUGUUCAGCUAGCAGCUGUUUGACCUUCUUCCGGUUGAUCUAUUACGUCACAUACACCAAACAAUCGACCAACAUGUUAAUAAGCUGCAAACUGUUUUCCGUCCAUCCAUGAUCUUCAACAUGCUUAAGUCAUUGAGCUGAAAACAUAAACGACAUAAACUGUGUCUCCUUGUAUGUCGAGAAAGGCGUGAUUCUCGCUGUAGCACUCACCAUGUUUUCCCCUCCAUCUUGUUUUCUUCUACGUAUUUAUGCUGUACGACUUCUGAGUCAAAGCUCGAUGUGGGAGCUGUCGAGCAGGCUCAGAAAGCCUCGGCCAGUUCGGGGUCGAUUAAGGCGUAUACGGAGGUGUGCAUCAACCUCCAAUCACAUUAUGGAGGUGUGUUAGUCCGACUUAAAGAAAUUUGACUCCUCGACUUUUCUCUGACUGCAUGUAAAAGUACUGAUUCUAAAUCAGUACUCGCCACCUGCUGACUGUCGACUGCUACAUAGCUACCGUUUGACUCUUACUGCCAAUUUCCACAAAGUGCGUUCCCUCAGCGCCACGGUUUUGCUCUGUCGGACAGCGAGCACCCUGUCCCAAUGGAGCCGUUUCUGGAGCGUGAGCGCAGUGUUGAUGUCUAGAAAUAUCCAUGCCAGAUUCAAAUCAAUUCCAGUAAAUUGUAAAAUAAACUUUCAUCACAAAAAAAUCACAUUUAGAUUGUUUAAAACCUUUUUGGCGCUACUAUUGUAAUUUCAUGAUGCAGGGUUUACUACGUCAACAUUAUAAUAAAUAAACAUCUUGAUUACUUUUACACUUUCAGUAAAUAGACCAAAAUAUGAGUACGAUCCUCAAACAGCAGCCACACACACUGAGUCAGGAUUAAGAGGUGGAUUUGUCUUUUUAACUCUAGAUAUAGUAACGACAUAUUGCUCCACAAUGUAAUUAUCUUAUCAAAUAAUUAAGCUUAAACCACGACACAUAACUUGUGUGUGUGUGGGUCACUUAUUUAACAAUUUUCAGUGUCUGUAUUUGUGCUGUUAUUAUUUUUUUUUAUAGUGUCUUAAAUCUGGUCUGCUUUGUGAUACUUUAUUUGAGAGAGAUCUACAGUAUUUUAUUGUGUGGCACUGAUUAGCUACAAAUAUACUGAACUAUAAUUUGAAUAUAAUUGUUAUAAGAAAAGGUUGUUGUCAAUAAUAAGUUACCUUCUGUGCCUUGUGUUCUGUAUUUGAAAUAUCACAUUUUACUCUCAAACCUCGUGUACGUGUGCCAAAAUAAAGCCUUUGUACAUUUGUGCCUAGA